AUCAGUCUGAACAAGCCAAAACUUCUGAUCAAACCAAAGUCCUUAGCAAAGUACAUGGAGGAGAAGCACAAGUCGAUGAAUUUCAAGAAGAUUCUAGGUCUACAAUUGAAGAACCAAGCUGUAAGGGGAAAACUCGUGAAGAUCAAGGCCUCGUACAAGCUAUCUGAAACCGCAAAGAAAGAGAAGGACACGAAGGUCAACACUGAGAAGAAAGAAUCACAUCUGAAACGUAGCAGAAGAGUAACCAUCGCUGCUCCGGCGACCAAGAAAACUGAGGUGGUUAAAAAGGCCGGAAAGAAGGUUGGGUCGCAGAACAGUAAGAAGGUGUCAACUCCUGCGAAGCCCAAACUGCCCAGGUCCAUUAGGUCUCCGUCCAAGAGGGCCAGGAAGGCCAUUGUUACUACAUCUCGGAGAACGGAGGGUGUGGCUUGGACGAUGACGGUAGCGGAGGCAUUGCCAACGGGAACAGUUUUGGAGAAGGUGGCAGUGGGGAAUGAAACGAAGCCCAAACAUUACAUCAUUUUAAGUUUUUUAAAAUAUUUAUACAGUGUAACGUCCAUGUAUUCAUCAAACUUCACAGCUCAGUAA